UUCCAGCUCCCUUCCAAGCUUGUGGUUGAGGACUUUCCUCCAUUUACCUGCCCCUUUUUUCUAUUUCCAGUAUCUACCACCUUUAUUCCUUUCCAGGGACUGCCUCUCCUGCUGGACAGUCUCCCCCCUCAUCUCUGUCUGCUAAGAUUUCUAGUUUCUUUGAAAACUCAGCUGGGAUAUACUUUCUUAGAAGAGAGGUUCUUUGGCUGUUUGGGGAAGCCUUUGGAUUCCUUCAGGUUCUGAAAAUAAUUGAAAGAAAUACUCAAUUUCAGCUAGAGUUUAAUGAAAAUAAAGGUCUAGUAUUUUUCUGAUCCAUGUUCUUAGAACCCUUUUAGGGUCAAUUGACCACAAAAUCCUUGUCCUUCAGGAAGACUAUGUGAAUUUCCUAGCUAUUAAUGUCUUUACCUCAGAAAUUAUUUUGAUUAUAUUAUAGAUGCAAUUUUCUAAGUCCUUAGACUGUUUUCCCUCAAAAGGAUGUAAGCUUCUUGAGGAUAGGAACUGUUUCGAUUGUGUAUUUAUAUCCCUCAAUGUAGCAUAGUACCAAAUAUGGUAAGUGCUUAAUAAAAUUAAAUAAGGGUUCUGAAGAAAACUGGAGAGGUCAGAGAAAGUGUAGUAUAUAAAUCACUUGUCAGCCCCUCCCAUUUCCUUUCCCAUAAAUAAAAUGUUUAUUUUGUCAUGUAAUUAUUUUUUUUAAUCUUAUAUAAGGAUUUCAAAAUUAUAAACUGGAAAAGUGGUAGCGAUACUUUUCAUCUUUCAGAUUUAACCCAGAAGGUGGCCUGUUAAGAUUUGAUUAGAUUCUCAAAGGAAUAUGUCAACUUAUGGGUGGGAAGAGAUUUAAAUUUUAAAAUAACAUUGUGAUGGUCAUUACAAAUACACAUCUCCUUUAAGAAUAGGAGAUUUAAGUAGUAAUAGCUUACAUUUAUCUACUUUUAAGGUUUGUAGGUCCUUAAAUCAUCUUGUUCUUUCAUUUUUACAGUGAUCCUGAGAAGUUGGUGCUAUUGUUACCCCUAUUUUACAGAUGAAAAAACAGUCCUUCAGAGGUUAAGUGACUUGCCUAAGAUCUCAAAGUGGAUGAGAAUCUGAGUUAGGAUUUCACAAAGCUCUUGUGUUUCUAGAUACACCUUGAUCCAUUGCACUUUCAUUCCCAGAAUCUGAUAGGCUGCUUUUUGGGAGGGAUAAGUAGGGUGACUAUUUGAAAACAAAAUAGGAACUUGAACCCUUCUCCCCAAAUAGGGAUAUUCUUCUGUUUUUUCUAUAGUCUUUUUUAGAAGUGGUUAGCAUAACAUAGGGCUUUCUUGUCUUGCUAUGGAGAUUCUUGUUUUUAGUCCUUUGUUUUGGAAGUGAUGGAUGCCUUCAUGAGGGAUGUCUUUAAUUUUCCUGAAUCAUAGUAGUCCAGUGGUGUGACAAAAGUCAGGAUGACUGGCGAUGGUUUGGGAUGCAAUGAUGAUUGAUGACCUUGCUUUCUGAUGGCUGACCGAGCUCUAAGUGCUCCACAGUGCCUGCUGCUUCAGCCUCCUUUGUGGCUGUCGGAACAAAUUGUCGCGUCUGCCCAUUCUGCCAGGGAAAGUCUUCAUGUGCUUGGGGUAUAUCCCCUAAUGCGACUGACGGGUCUUAGGUUUGUUGAUUACCUUCAGCCUUGUUUAGCUGAUGGCUUACCCAGAUGUGCUGGCUGUGGGUGCUAAAGGUUUUUGGAGUCACGGGUGAAAGUUGGGUGAAGGUGGACACCAAAGGUAAAUGAACAUCCCUGAAAAAGGGGCGGGUAAAGCCCUCACACCAGAAGUGCUGAACAUUCCACCUAAAUUAGGAAAUGAGGUUAUAUCUUGAUUGAAGUGACUGCUUGGUUUAGCCUGAUAAGAAAUCCAUAGAUACAUAGAGAAGGGGGUAGAUACAUAGAUCUGUGGAUAUUUAGGUAGAGCAUUUUUUUUUUUUUUAAGUUUUUGUCCUGUGUCAGAUUUUGUGUUUAGAGCUGGAAAUACAGAUAUAAGGGGGAAAAAAGAUAUUUUUCUGUCUUCCAGAAGCUUACAUUUUAACAGUAUGUCUGACUCCACAAAGGACCUAGUAGAGGGAUGGGAUAAGGUGGAAAAGUCUCGAAAGUCCCAGAACAGAGCUGAGAAGAUUGAUGGCCUGGGUUCUUCCUGCAGUACUGUUCCCUGGGAGGGCUUCCCCUUUCAGAAGAAGGCCAGGGCAGAGAUGCCUUCUUAGAAGAUGGAGCUGGAUGGAGCUUUUUUGUGGCUUUGGCCAGUUUUUAGCUUGUGCAUGUUACUGUGGGAAGUCUUCCCCCACAGUUGUAAGUGCAUGUUAGAACAUUGUAUUGUUAACAUUUAGGAUUAUCAUUUAGGUGAAUCUAUUAACAAUUAGAAAUAAAGGAUUACAAGUUUUGCUAUUUUUAAAAAAUCGUGCCCCUGCCUAGGGAAGUAACUAACAGUACUUUUUAAAAUUGUUUUUGGUGUACCAGACAUGGAGCUAGUGCUGGAAGCACAUGUAUAAAGAAUCCCUACUUGAGACGAAUGUCUUAGGGAGAAGGGGAUGGUCUUUUUGUCUCAUGGGAGAGAACUGUCCCUUUCUUCAUUGAAACAUCAGACUUUAUAUAGCAUAUGAACUCACUUCAAUACCUGGGACGCAGUUAGCUUCCAACUGUGCUUUCCCUAGCUCUCUAGCAGGCACUGAGAUCCUUGUUGCUAUCAGAUUAUCUUUAGUUUUGACAACUCACAUCGUGCUUUAAGAGAGUUCAUACAAUGUUUUCUUCUAAACCUUCUUUGGAGAUAGGAUCCAUGAUUUUGAGUAGAAGAUCACUUCCUUACAUUUUACAGGUGAAGAAAGAGGCCCAGGGAAGUCUCAUGACUCACUUAGCAGUUUCAGGCUUUGCUUCAAAGACAGUCUUCUCCUCAUGCUCUCAGAUGGGCUCUCAUGGGCCAUUUCAGUCUAGGAUCCCAUUUUUCACAUGAGAAAGUUGAAUCUCAGAGAGGCAACAUGACUUGACCGUAGCUAACUAGAUCUGGAGCUGGGACUUGAGAACCUCAUCUUCUCUUGUUAAGUCCAGCAUUCCCUAUCUUUACUGCAUUUGCAAAAAUUGUUUCCUAUUGUACCAAAUUCUAAUUAAUUUUUUUCAGUGAACAAAAAUCAGUUUUCCCCCACUCACCUCCUCCCCAAGCCAAACCUUGUUACAAAUAGUCAUGCAAAAUGACUGGUAGUACCCAAAAGAGGCACGAGUAUCCCAUUCUGCACCAAGCCCAUCAUCGUUCUGGCAGGAAAGAAGCCAGAACAACUCACAAAGGAGUCUGCUUAGGUGUAGAGGGGUGAUGACCUGCAUCAGUGGAAAGGCCUCUGAGAGAUGUGCAUCCUGAAGCAUUGACGGUGUCCAUGAAGCAUGUGGGAAAACAGACAGCUCCCUUGCCAUUCCUCUGGCCUCUGUAUCAUCCUCCUUCCUGAGCUCCUUUAGCAGGACUUCGUGUGACGUCACAUUUUGUUGUUUUGGCUGAUUGUUUCAGGAUAAUCAAGCAAAAGAAAAAAUGAACACCAUCUGUGGCCUACAGUCUGCUAGUAGAAACUGUGUUUCCUUUAGGUUAACUUCACUGACUGACUGGAAAAACUCUUUCAGAGCAUAUUGGUCUUUUCCUUCAAAGAGUCAUCAUCAGGUACUAGUUAACUGUGUGGGGGACAAAUGCCAAGGAAAAAGCCUGAGGAAGAACUGUAUGUCGAGAGGAAGUUCUCCCUUUGCUAGGACCUAUAAUAACAGCCAGAGAUGGCUUUUAAGUGGCCGGAGCAGAGAAACUUGGAAGAGUAUGAGCAGCUGCUCUGGGUGGCCCUACUUCUCUUGGAGGAAGGACUCAAUGGAGAGAGGUGCUGUCCUGUCUCUCUCAGCAUUUGAACCCAGGAAGUUGGUUCCUGUGAAAGGGAUGAAAGAUGUCCACAGUUUCCACACAUCAUCGAGGCUUCGGGCUGCACCUGUUCCUCUUCUCUGGAUUAUUCUUAAGCCAAUACAGAAACUUCUUGCAAUCAUUAUUGGCAGGGGCAUAAGAAAAUGGUGGCAGACCCUUCCUCCCAACAAGAAAGAGCUUUUUAAAGAAAGUGUAAAGAAGAAUAAAGGGAAGUUAUUCCUGGGCUUAAGUAGUUUGGGAGUAUUAUUUGUUGUCUUUUAUUUUACUCACCUGGAAGAGAGUCCUGUCACAGGACGGAAAAAGUUACUAGUGUUGGGGAAAGAACAAUUCAUGAUGUUAUCACAAAUGGAAUAUGAUACAUGGAUGGAAGAAUUUAAAAAUGACCUGCUGACUGAGAAAGAUCCCAGGUACCUGGCCGUGAAGAAAGUUUUACAGCAUCUGGUAGAAAGCAACAAAGACAUCCCGGGCAUCUCAGAGUUCAAAUGGAUUAUUCAUGUGGUAGAUAAGCCCAGCAUAAAUGCCUUUGUUCUUCCUAACGGGCAGGUGUUUGUUUUUACUGGGCUUCUCGAGGCUGUCACUGAUAUUCACCAGUUGACUUUCCUUUUGGGCCAUGAGAUCGCUCACGCGGUGCUUGGACAUGCUGCAGAGAAGGCCAGUCUGGUUCACUUGUGGGACUUCCUAGGCCUGAUUAUCCUCGCGAUGAUUUGGGCCGUCUGUCCUCGAGAUAGUUUGGCGGUUUUGGCUCAGUGGAUCCAGUCUAAACUGAAGGAGUAUGUAUUUGAUAGACCCUAUAGUCGCACCCUGGAGGUGGAAGCUGACAAAGUCGGGCUGCAGUUUGCCGCAAAGGCUUGUGUGGAUGUCAGAGCAAGCGCAGUGUUUUGGCAACAGCUGGAGUUUGCAGAUAAGAUUUUGGGGGACCCUAAGUUACCAGAAUGGCUGUCAACACAUCCCUCUCAUGAGAACCGAGCUGAGCACUUGAACCGACUUAUACCUCAGGCCAUUAAAAUCAGAGAGAGUUGUAACUGCCCACCGCUUUCUGGACCAGAUCCUCGGACGCUUUUCAGGCUUAGGGUGAAGCAUCUUAUGGAAGUGACAGAGGAAGAAGACCAAAACAUCACUGGAGCAUUAGUUAAAAAGCAUAAAUUGGACUCUCUUCUAAUUCAGAAAAAAGAGACAAUUCCAUUAACAUUUAUGGUUGACAAAAGAACUGGCAGUUGAUAUAAAUUUUAUGUGAGAGCCUGUAUGAAGAACAUAGCAAUAUUUGUUUUCAUAUAUCACUAUUUUAAAAAAAUCAGUAUAAAAUGAAAAAAAAGACUCUGCUAGUUUAAAUCAUGUGGACUCCUAGCAUUACUAAAAAUCCUUUAAUAGAUAUUGAAACUUUUGUUCCUGAAUCUUAAAAAUAUUUGAUUCUAUUUUUAAUACCUUCAAUAAAGAAAGCGUAUCUAAAGAUA